AUGUCCAAAGUUCUGGUGUCUCUCAUUGGCAAGAAAGUGCUAGGUGAAACUGCCAAGAAUCAUUUUGGUACUGAAGACCCCUACUUCGAAGAAGUUCCUGCUUCACGUCUCGGUCGUACAUUUGGAAAAAAGACCCAAAAGCGUCGCAAGGCCAUCCCACCGGGCCUUUCUGAGAAUGAUAAGAAGGUCCUAACCAAAGUCAAACGCAGGGCGUACCAGCUGGACUAUGCUCUUUUCAGCUUAUGCGGAAUCCGGUUCGGCUGGGGAAGUGUGGUUGGGCUUAUUCCAUUUAUUGGCGAUGCUGGCGAUGCUGCGCUCGCAAUGAUGGUUGUGAAAUCUUGCGAAGGGAUUGACGGUGGACUUCCUCAUGCUCUGCGCAUGAAGAUGGUGAUGAAUGUGAUAAUCGACUUCUUGAUUGGCCUUGUCCCUUUCAUUGGCGAUCUUGCCGAUGCAGUGUACAAAGCGAAUACUCGAAAUGCUGUCAUUCUCGAAAGCCAUCUCCGCCAAAAGGGUGCCAAGGCGUCCUCACAACAAAGCAACAGGAGACAGGAGCGGAUAGUUGAAAUCGACAACAGUCUCCCUGAUGCAUUUGACAGGCAAGAAGAGGGCGUUAUAGGCAACCGUCCACCAUCCUAUGAAUAUGUCCGACCAUCGAGUCAUGGGGCAAGGGACAAUGCGGCCCCCGAGCCUCCAACCAGACCCCAGCCGGCCAAACAGUCCCGGAAGUCAUUUGGAAGAUGGUUUGGCGGGGCAGGCCAUCCAGAAGAUGAUUUGGAGCGAGGUGGAGCGAGGUAG